AUGCCCCUCCAGCAGCUACUGUCGUGGCACGGCGGGAUGCCCCUCCAACAGCUACUGUCGUGGCACGGCGGGAUGCCCCUCCCGCAGCUACUGUCGUGGCACGGCGGGAUGCCCCUCCAGCAGCUACUGUCGUGGCACGGCGGGAUGCCCCUCCAGCAGCUACUGUCGUGGCACGGCGGGAUGCCCCUCCAGCAGCUACUGUCGUGGCACGGCGGGAUGCCCCUCCAGCAGCUACUGUCGUGGCACGGCGGGAUGCCCCUCCCGCAGCUACUGUCGUGGCACGGCGGGAUGCCCCUCCAGCAGCUACUGUCGUGGCACGGCGGGAUGCCCCUCCUGCAGCUACUGUCGUGGCACGGCGGGAUGCCCCUCCCGCAGCUUCUGUCGUGGCACGGCGGGAUGCCCCUCCCGCAGCUACUGUCGUGGCACGGCGGGAUGCCCCUCCCGCAGCUUCUGUCGUGGCACGGCGGGAUGCCCCUCCAGCAGCUACUGUCGUGGCUCGGCGGGAUGCCCCUCCCGCAGCUACUGUCGUGGCACGGCGGGAUGCCCCUCCCGCAGCUACUGUCGUGGCACGGCGGGAUGCCCCUCCCGCAGCUACUGUCGUGGCACGGCGGGAUGCCCCUCCAGCAGCUACUGUCGUGGCUCGGCGGGAUGCCCCUCCCGCAGCUACUGUCGUGGCACGGCGGGAUGCCCCUCCCGCAGCUACUGUCGUGGCACGGCGGGAUGCCCCUCCCGCAGCUACUGUCGUGGCACGGCGGGAUGCCCCUCCAGCAGCUACUGUCGUGGCUCGGCGGGAUGCCCCUCCCGCAGCUACUGUCGUGGCACGGCGGGAUGCCCCUCCCGCAGCUACUGUCGUGGCACGGCGGGAUGCCCCUCCCGCAGCUACUGUCGUGGCACGGCGGGAUGCCCCUCCCGCAGCUACUGUCGUGGCACGGCGGGAUGCCCCUCCCGCAGCUACUGUCGUGGCACGGCGGGAUGCCCCUCCCGCAGCUACUGUCGUGGCACGGCGGGAUGCCCCUCCCGCAGCUACUGUCGUGGCACGGCGGGAUGCCCCUCCAGCAGCUACUGUCGUGGCACGGCGGGAUGCCCCUCCAGCAGCUACUGUCGUGGCACGGCGGGAUGCCCCUCCCGCAGCUACUGUCGUGGCACGGCGGGAUGCCCCUCCAGCAGCUACUGUCGUGGCACGGCGGGAUGCCCCUCCCGCAGCUUCUGUCGUGGCACGGCGGGAUGCCCCUCCCGCAGCUACUGUCGUGGCACGGCAGGAUGUAG